UGACCUUUUUCGCAGAAUAUUGGUCCAUCAGAGGGAUACUCUCAGUACUAUCAAAGGGAAGCAUCAAGAGAACUUUCAUAGCCGGUUUGAUGGACAGAAAGUCUCGGGGCUUGUCUGUGAGCAGUGUGGGACUCCUGCUGUUAAGGCUGAUGACAAACCUCGCUGGGCGGUAAACAUGCCAGGAUGCUAUAUCGUGCACGAACGACGAUGCAAAAACCCAGAAUGUCCCGGUAGCGGUAGUAAAGGCACUUUCGCAGUACCAACAACGAUUGCAAAAAAACGAAUAUACCAAGCACUCAGCGGCCCAGCUCUCCCGACCCCGUCAACUGGCAGUCCGUCUUGGCCUCGAGAUUUACAUGUGCACAGCGAAUGAGGAUGACAACAAGUAUCCCUCGGAAAUCCAGACAAUGUGUGCUAAGUGUCACACAAAGUCAUUGGAUAAAACUCCAAGAUGGACUAAAGGCAACCCCACUUUCUAUGUGAUCAGAGAGGCGAAUUGCGACGGCUGUAACCAAAGGGAAGCGACUUUGAGAGUAACACGUGCGAAAUCACCAUUCAUCCCAGUGAAUCCAGCCCUUGCAUAUGUAGAUCGGAAAGUUCUACAGUCAUUUCAUGACAGAUGGUCCGACUACAAUAAAGAAACCAGGUUAGCCUUAAUGGGUACGUUGGAACCAAGUUCAAUGCACGGCGGCAACAGAGCGAGAAAAUUCCAGAAGGACACUGCGCGAGAAAAUCUCAAUUACACCUCCGCCCUCGCUGCUAGUGAGAGCGAUUAGUGACGGAGACUUGGUUAAUGGACAGAGGCCUGAAAGGAGUUCGAGGGAAUCUUUUUCAGAAAGUCCGAAAAUAUGUGUGAAGGCUCUUCUGGCCUAUUAUAGCGAAGGCCCAGGAGAUUCUAAACGCUACCCGGGAAUCUGUUAUCAAAGAGGAAUUUUUGGGUAAAGAAUCAUUAUGGCACUUAUGCUAUCGCUCACUUUAACAGCUUCAAGUUCUCUCGACAAGUUAGUCCUGAUGUGUCCAUCGCAUAAUAGUUUCUCUAACCAUAUCUUUCUUUUCGUUCCUGACGUCUGGUGUUAUAUGUAUGUGGAGUACCCAUGGUGUUUUCUUCUAGAAGACGUUGAGUAGUCUUUUGACUAGAGGGGAGGGGAAUUGUUAGAACUUCUAUUAUGAUGUGUUUGCUUUCUUGCUAGUGUCAGGCUAUAGGUUCUUUGUCAUCGUUUCUCUUUACUUGCAAUGUCUAUCGAUCUUUCUUUUCC